UUGUUGUAGUUUUCUUGAGAGUUUUUUUUUUAUAGUUAAAACACCCAUCAUCAUUCCUCUUGAACCCUAAUUCCCCUUCUCCCUCGUCUGCAUCUUCAAUUCCAGAGUUUGGGGGACACAACAGCAUAUUCAAGAAAAGUCUUAGUUAUGGAUUCAAGAAGAAACAUACCACCAGCAUAUGAUGAGCACGCGAGGAUGAUGCGUCGUGAUCCGUUACCUUCAAUACACCAUCACACAGAACCAUUUCCUCCUGAACUACUAGAGCGCAAAUUGGCCUCCCAGACAGUAGAAAUAGAACAACUUACUAUGGACAAUCGUAAGCUGGCUGCUAGUUACAUGGCCUUGAGGCAAGACCUUGCUAAUGCAAAAGGAGAAGCAGACAAAAUAAGAGAACAUAUGAGAAGUAUUCAGAAUGAAGGUGAUAUUCAAAUUAGCAUCUUGUUGGACAAGAUUGCCAAAACGGAUGCUGAUACUGGAGUUGGGGACAGUAUAAAGAAAGAACUUCAAGCAGCCCAUGCUGAAGCUCAGAGCUUGAUGACAGCUAAGCUAGAGUUGUCUGUUAAACUUAAGCAGGCUACGAAGGAAUUGGACAUCACACGCGAAACUAUUAAUAAAAAUACGGAAAUGCGUUCGGAACUUGAUAGCUUGAAGCAAGAAUAUCAAAGAUUACGCAAGACUUUUGAGUAUGAAAAAUGCUCAAGCGUGGAGAAAGUGGAAGAAAUGAAGAUUCUGGAGAAAGACCUGAUUGGGAUAGCUGAAGAAGUGGAGAGGUUACGUGCUGAGGUGUUAAGUGCUGAGAUGAGGGCUAGUGGUGCGGUCUCAUAUAGCAGUUCAUAUAUGAAAUUGGAUAAUACAUAUCCACUUCCGCACCAUGGUAAUGGUGGUUACACAGGCAGUUUCGGCAUAGCUCAUCCUCAUAUAGUUAAUGGAGCUGCAGUGGAGAUGAUGAAUCCAUAUGCCAGUGGUGGAUUUCCAGUCGGCCCCCAAGUAAUCAGUGGCCUCGUUGGCAGCGCUGCUGGCGUUAAUGGUGCUUGGGGAGGGGUUUAUACUUCAUCACUAGCAGUUGACGCUCAGCCGAUCAGUGCUCCUGUAAGUAAUGCUGUUUGUGAAGAGGUUUGUGAUACGUCUAGUGCUCAGACAUAGAUGUCAUUAGAUCUUGAAGAAAUGGCAUUUUGAUGCAUGACGUUUCUGAUCAAUCAAAUUGGAUCAAAUGUAUCUUCUGUCGUCUGAGAAAAUCAUAUGCUUGUUGCUGUUUGUAGUUGAUUCAUAGGUAUUUUAGGGUUUUUAUUUAAGGGCCUUCUGUAGAUAUUGUGCAACAUUAUUCUAUUGGGUAAAGAAAUGCCACACAAAUGGAAAUAUGAAACUCGUAUCCAUUCUGUCUC